UCACAAGUAGUCGUUGUGAUUGGGCGUGGAAGUGCCUCGCUUUAAUUGAAAGUUUUCUCUCAUCAAUUAAAUAUUAAAAAACUUACAUUUUUACAAAAGAUUUAUUAACGGGCAUCCAUUUAUAUUAUUCAUCAUGUUUUCUACAAAGAAAAGUGUAGAGAAAUUCCUGCAAAUGUAUAAAAAUGAACUUCGUCGGCACAUUAGCAAGACAACCAGUGUAACUAAUUCGGAUGCAAUGGUACCCAGGCUGGACCAAAGUAACAUAACGUUAAAUCCGAAUGAAGAUGCGGGACCGAAGAGGUUGCUGAAGUUGCAGAAAUAUCACAGAUUCCUGUCGACCCUCACAUCUCAGCAAAUGCCUCUGGCAGCCCGUGGACUGGCAGUCUCCAAAGACCAGUCCCGGGAGUUUAUGGCUUGCUUUCCGGACAUCGUGAGGGACCUGACUGAAACUGGCAAGCAUAUUGACGUGCCCGAAGCCAGCAAAUGGUUGGCCAAGUUGUUGCAGUACAAUGUGCCUAAUGGAAAGAAAAAUCGUGGACUAGCAACCGUUCUUGCGUAUAAAAUGUUGGAGAAUCAACAAAAUUUGACACCAGAAAACAUCCACCUAGCGAACAUAAUGGGAUGGUGCACGGAAAUGUUCCAUACACACCAAAUGCUAUUAAGCGAUAUGAUGGAGGGUGCUGAGGAGCGACGCGGAGUGCCCUGCUGGCACCGACAGCCCAACGUUGGACUGGGUGGUAUCAACGACGGAGCUUUAAUCCACUCAGCCAUGUGUUCCACCUUGAAGCGUUAUUUCUCAAACAAACCUUACUACAAAAAUGUGCUUGAGAUGUUCAAUGAGAUGUUACUGAAAUGUUCGAUCGGCCAUUACCUAGAGAUGCAAAUGUUGAAAACAGACAAGCCAGACCUUUCGCUGUUUACAAUGGAGAAAUACGAAGCAAUAACGAAGUACAGGACGUCAUAUUACACGUUCCAAAUGCCUGUUGGACUCGCCCUGCUGAUGGCAGGAGUAGACGACCCAGAAACACACAGACAAGCUAAGACGAUUCUAUUGGAGAUGGGAGAAUUCUUCCAAAUUCAAGAUGACUUCCUCGAUUGUUUCGGAGAUCCAGCAGUAAUUGGUAAGAGCGGAACGGAUAUUCAAGACGGAAAAUGCACAUGGUUAGCAGUAGUUGCUCUACAGAGGGCGACUUUCGCACAACGUCAGCUAAUGGAAGAACACUAUGGAAGCUCAAAACCUGAGGAUGUCCAGAAAAUCAAGGACCUUUAUGAAGAACUACAAUUACCUCACACAUACUCAGUAUACGAAGAAGCAACUUAUGAUCUCCUUAGAACACAAAUACAACAAGUCACGAGGGGGCUUCCACAUGAUUUUGUACCUCAUCAACAGAGUUAUAAAUUGUCCACAAAUGCCUCCAUAUCAGAGAUGCAAAGAGAAAAGGAGACAUUUCAAGAUUUUCUUCCAGGCAUUAUUGAUUCAUUGAUGACAAAGUCGAAGUUUGCUGGCAUACCUGAAGUAGCUGAGUGGACCAAAGAGGUUCUACAGUACAACUUGCAAGGGGGCAAAAAAACAAGGGGUCUAACAACAACGUAUGCAUAUGAAACAUUGGAAAGUCCCGAAAAUAUUACCGAGGAAACUAUCAAAGUUAGCAGAGCUAUGGGCUGGUGUGUUGAAAUGUUGCACGCGUACUUUUUAGUAAUGGACGACAUAAUGGAUGGGUCGACGAAACGACGCGGCCUUCCUUGCUGGUACCUACAGCCGAACGUUGGCUUGGGGGCGAUAAACGACUCUAUAUUAAUAAACGCCUCCAUAUACGAGACGUUGAAUGUGCACUGCGGAAAUUUACCGCUAUACCGUAACAUUGUGGAUCUUUUUAAUGAGGCCAUACUGUACACGUCUGUGGGACAACACCUCGACUACACGAUGGCCCAUCGAAACAAAAACGACUACAGUCUUUUCACUGUAGAGAGAUACAGUUCUAUAGUGAAAUAUAAGACUGCGUACUACACGUACAAAUUGCCUGUGUGCUUGGGACUUUUGCUGACCAAUAACGCAGACCCUGAAACACACAAGAGGGCGGAAGAAAUAUGCUUGGAGAUUGGACAUUUGUUUCAAAUGCAGGACGACUUCAUCGACUGUUUCGGUGUGGAAAAUGUUACGGGUAAAAUCGGCACUGACAUUCAAGAAGGCAAAUGUUCUUGGUUAGCCGUACAAGCCCUGCAGCGGUGCUCUUCAAAUCAACGGAAAGUGUUCGUUGCAUGCUACGGAAGCUCUGAACCGGCGCAUAUAGAACGAAUCAAGAGAUUGUACGAAGAAUUGGAACUACCCUCAAUUUACCAAGUGGAGGAAAGGAAAAGGUACGAUUCCGUUGUAAAAAAUGUACGGAAACUACCGGAAAGCACUUCCAUGCCGCCUGAUCUGUUCCUAAAACUACUCGAUAUGAUAUACGAAAGAAAAAAUUAAUGUAAUUAAAUUUUGAAUAAGAGACACAAAAAGUACAUUUAUAGUCUACUUUUGCUCACUUGUCUUAUUAUGUAAACAAUAGUUUCAUUACUUUUUAGU